UCACACACAUCCCUAGUUCCCCUCCAUUUCCGUUUCCCCCACCCACCGCCUUCCCUCCUUUCCUCUCUGCCCGCGGAUCUCGCUCCCGUCUUCCUCCAUGGCUGCCGCCGCCGCCGCCGCCCGCCGAGUCUCCUGCUCCUUGUUGCGGCGCGACCAUCGCCACCUUCUUCCCCUCCUCCGUCCCUUCGCUUCCUCCGCUGGCGGCCAACCCCAGCUCACCGUCGAGACAAGCGUCCCCUUCACGGGCCAUAAGAUCGAACCUCCCUCGCGCUCCGUUGACACCAACCCCUCCGAGCUACUAUCCUUCUUCCGGGAGAUGUCCCUGAUGCGCCGAAUGGAGAUCGCCGCCGACUCCCUCUACAAGUCCAAGCUCAUCCGCGGUUUCUGCCACCUCUACGAUGGGCAGGAGGCCGUUGCCAUCGGCCUCGAGGCGUCCAUCACCAAGAAGGACGCCAUCAUCACCGCCUACCGCGACCACUGUAUCUAUCUUGCCCGUGGCGGUUCCCUCGUCGAGUCCUUCGCUGAGCUCAUGGGCCGCCGCGCCGGGUGCUCCAAAGGGAAGGGCGGGUCGAUGCACUUCUACAAGAAGGAAUCCGGAUUCUUUGGGGGCCAUGGGAUCGUGGGCGCGCAGGUGCCACUAGGGUGCGGCCUCGCCUUCGCCCAGAGGUACCUCAAGGAGGGGACUGUGACCUUUGCGCUAUAUGGCGAUGGGGCUGCUAACCAAGGGCAGCUGUUUGAGGCCCUUAACAUCUCUGCACUUUGGGAUUUGCCAGUCAUUUUGGUCUGCGAGAAUAAUCAUUAUGGUAUGGGGACAGCUGAAUGGCGGGCUGCAAAGAGUCCUGCCUACUACAAACGUGGGGAUUAUGUCCCUGGUUUGAAGGUAGAUGGAAUGGAUGUUCUUGCUGUGAAGCAGGCAUGCAAAUUUGCAAAAGAGUAUGCCUUGCAAAAUGGACCCAUCAUUCUUGAGAUGGACACUUACAGGUACCAUGGUCAUUCCAUGUCAGAUCCUGGGAGCACUUAUCGCACUCGUGAUGAGAUUACUGGUGUGAGACAGGAGCGUGAUCCUAUUGAAAGAGUUAGGAAGCUCAUAGUCUCCUAUGAGCUAGCCACUGCCUCUGAGCUUAAGGACAUCGAGAAAGAAGUUAGGAAGGAAGUAGAUGAGGCCAUUGCUCAGGCAAAGGAAAGCCCAAUGCCUGAUCCCUUUGAGCUAUUCACCAACGUAUACGUAAAAGGUUUCGGCGUGGAGGUAAGCAAACCAGGAGGCAUCAGUGAUCCAAAAUUAAUCCUAUCGAUGCAGCUAGUGCUUCACGAUGUCUUCGAGAAGUUCAUUGUGGCUCAAAUCCAACCAUGCCAACUUGGCAUUCGGUGCAGAUAGGAAAGAGGUGAAGGCUGUUCUUCCAUGAGGAAAGCGUCCCUGAAACAGAUAAAGAUUUCGUGGUCAUGAGAACUCUAGAAAGCAUGAGAAUGAAAGAUUAAUGUGAUAAACAAGAUUCCAGGACACGUGUGCUGCAUGGUGGCCAUCUGUAUCUUUUUCUUUGUAUCUUCCUUGUAAUAGUGAUGGCUGAUCAGUGGUUAACUAAAAAUUACGGGGAUCUAUAAGUAAUACAACUUUUAGAAAAGAUUAUUCGCACCUCA